UUAUUACAGCCCACUUAAUCAGAUAAAUGGAGUCAGUGUUGAAUUUCUUACAUUAAUUUAUCAUCUCUUACAUCACUUUAACAAAAUAAAUCUCUGUUAUCUUUACUUUCAUGAUCUAAGUUUCCUGUUUUUUCAUUCUUUACAUCAAAAAUGUCAAUCUUAGGGAGCAGCAGCAGCAGCAAUAAUGGUCCGAUAUUUCAAGAAUUCAAGAAACAAGCUUCUUUUUUCUUUAAGGAGAAGAUCAAGACUGCCCGUUUGGCUCUUACUGAUGUUACCCCAGCUCAACUAUUGACAGAAGAGGCAACAAAUGGGAGUUCAUCGGCUCCUGAUACGCGUACCUUGAAGGCGAUAUCCAAGGCUGCUUUUGAAGUUGAUGAUUAUUUCAGAAUACUUGAGAUUUUGCGUAGCAGAUUGUCCAAAUUUGAUAAAAAGAACUGGAGAACAUCAUAUCAGGCACUGAUUGUAAUUGAGCAUUUGAUGACCCAUGGACCGGAAAGUGUUGCAAAAGUUUUUCAGGCUGAUAAAGAUGUUAUUAGAGAUAUGGGAUGCUUUCAGCUUAUUGAUGAGAAGGGAUUUAAUUGGGGCCUUAAUGUUAGAUUGAAAUCUGAAAAGAUACUGAUGCUCCUUGAAGAGGGGUCCCUCCUCAAAGAAGAAAGAAAUAGAGCUCGAAAAGUAAGUAGAGGUAUUGAGGGGUUUGGGAGCUUCUCGCAGAGGACUUCAUCUGCCAAAGGGAUUCUGAGUGAAUCCCCCAUCACGAAGUAUGCAAGGUCGAAGUCUCAGUUUACUGGGAAUGGUGACCAGGAAGACUGGUUUUCAUCCAAACACGGAGAAGAAACAACAAAAACAAUGGCUAAUGGUUCAUGUGACUCAAGUGACGAGAAUGCUUGCUUGGUGUCAAACAAGGAGGUGAAACAUAUGACUUUAAACAAUUCCUUCAAUAGCCAGCCACUUGCGAACAUAGAAACUGAGAGUGUUUCCAAAGAAAAUGUAGCUCCCAAGAAAGAAUAUAUACUAGGAGGAUUCGUUGAAAGGAGCACUAGUGUUGGAGAUUCAGAACCCCUUUUGGAUGAUGAAAAUGAUGAGUCCAGGAUCAAUAUCCUUGUAGAGGAAGAUCAUCCAUUCAAUGAUGCGGCCCAUCUAACCGGUGCCUCCCUUCUGUCAAAGGAUCAUACUGUUCAGGCAUUCUAAGAUUGAAUAUCUAUAGCGUUGGGAUCUUUCAAUUUACAUCUUGUAAAAGUCUACAUGUUAAAGUUGCAAGUGUGAUUGCCAUUGGAACUCCAAGCACCUGUAUUGUACAAGUAAGCAUGGAAAGUGGCAACUUUUAUGAGUUUUUAAGUUAGUAUCUUGAUCGAACCGUAGUUGCCAAUAUACUUGCUGAGCCUCAUCAGGGUGUUUGUAAAUGAUCAUCUUAAGAAAAAAAGUCUGCAAUUAAGCCUUUGUGAAUUGCUGAUCACAAUGGUUAAGAAUGAAUGUGAUUGUUCUUUAGGUCCA